AUGUUCCAACACGCGCCUUCUUCCAUUUCCCUCAUCGUCUUCUCCACCAUCCUCUUCCACGUCUCAUCAAGCCCGACCCAAAACCCAGACCCGAUCACCGUCCAGCCAUUCCGGGUCAAAUCAUCCCCACCCGCCACCAUACCCGCAUUCCCGGAGCAAUCCGAUUUCUCCGGCUGCCCACUCGAUUUACCGGAAGUCCUCUUCCACGGAAUCAAAUCAGCCUGCUCCGGUAAAAAGCUCCACAGAGGAAGAUGCUGCCCCGUGCUAGGCGCGUGGCUCUACUCCGCUUACUCAUCCACGGCUCUGAGCCGCUCGAUCUCCGCCGCCGCGAGAAACACAUCCUCCUCCUCCGCCGCGACGACUCCGGAAGAAGAUAUGCCUCUGCUCCCCGAUGACUCCGAGACUUGCGUCGACGGAUUGGGGAAGUCGCUGAGGAGGAGAGGGAUUGAGCUAGCGAGGCCUAACGAGACGUGCGACGUCGUUUACUGCUACUGUGGAAUCAGAUUGCAUCCGUUGAGCUGCUCGGAGGCUUUUAGAGUGAACGAAGAAGGGAAGCUCGUUGGAGACGAGAGAGUUGAUCGUCUAGAGACUGAUUGUUUGAGUGGAAGCCAUAACAAUGGCGAUAGAUUCUCUCCUCUCAGUGGCUGCAACAAAUGCUUGAACAGCCUCUAUAAGCUAAAUCCGAAGAGAUCUUCAGGGACCAGAAAUCCAUCGAAGGAAGACCGGAACAGAACAACAAAGAUGCACAGCAAAGACUGUGUCCUAAUGGGUCUCACUUGGCUUCUCGCUAAGAACCGUGCGGCUUACUUCCCAACUGUCACUUCCGUCCUCCGAGCCGUCAUGCUUAACCAAGACGGCGAGCCACGGUCAUGUAACCUCGGCGGAGACGGCAUGCCUUUAGCCGUUGACUCUUCCGAAUUCUCCAACGCCUCGUCAACCUUACUUCAGUUUCCGCACCACAUGGUCCUCUUCUUACUUUACAGUGUAAUCACAUUGGUCGUCUUAAUAAGGUCGUGGUGA